GCCAUCAACGCUGGCGCCGUCGUCCUGAGAGGUCCUGAGGCCGCCUUCGCCGAGGAAGAGGAGAGGACGAAGGUGAAGUCCAAGUGGGAGGGCAACUACAGGGAUCCGCUCCACCCGGGCUGCGAGCGGAAGCUGGUGACCAGCUUCAACGGCCUGUCUGGCAAGCUCCUGGGCGUGGACAACGAGGACGGGGACAGCUGCCCCGUGAGCGGUGCGAAGCUCAAGAAGCGGAGCGCUCA